CUCGACUCUAAUUUUAAAGUUAAAUUUUUUUCCUCACUUGUCCAUCGGAAGAGAAAAAGGCUUUCAUCGAUUCUUCUCGCGGAGUUUUCUUCUCUGAACCGAAUUGCAAGCCCCUAAGGCCUUUGAUUACUUUCUCCGAAGAUCGAAAAUGGUAUUGGGAUUGUUGGUAGGGCUGGGAAGAUCAAUGAGAAGAAAGAGAACAUCAUCUCUUUCUAUCCUUUCAUCUAAACGUGCUCCUAAAGAUUAUUACAAAGGGAAAAAUUGUAAACCUACUGGUUUUCAUACCCGCAAAGGUGGAUAUGUUGUUGUUGAUGAGAAAUUGCCAAAUUAUGUUGUUCCUGAUCUGACAGAUUUCAAGUUGAAGCCAUAUGUUUCGCAAUGUGCAGUAGGGGUGAAAACAGCAGAGGCUGCUACGAGUGCAGCCAAGUGAAUAUGCGGCAAACUGAGCAAGUAUUUUAAUCGUCUGUUCAUUUUCUGAUAUGUUUUUCGUAGUUUUUCUGGAACAUAGAAAUGAAGAUGGAAAUAUAACAUAUUUUGAGAAUGUAUUGAUAAUUGGGAAUACGUGUUUUCUUGUC